AUGGGAGUCUUACUUUUGAUGAGGCUUGUGCGUCAAAUGGAAUCUUCAAGCGUUAAGGUGGAACAGUUUGCGGAUGCAAGUAUGUACCAUCCCCUAGACAUCACCCAGGAUAUCUUCGAUAACAUCAACAAGUUCUAUUGCGAGAACAAAUUCGCGCAGCUUCCGGAGCCGUUCGACUUGAAAACACAACCCAAGGUGCCCUACACCAUGCAACUUGUGAUUCAGUCCACGCCACCCCCUCCCGAAGGUGAUCCUAAUGGUUCAUACGUGCACAUCUUCAAGCACAUCUACUUGCACCGUAACAAGUUGGCGGCGUCCGAGUGCGUGAACAUGUGUCGUGGGAAUCCUCUUCGUUUCGAUUGGGGCUCCCAUACCAGGCUCGCCUUAUCGGGACUUAAUUACAUGUUAGACCAAAUGGGAGGUAAACAGCUUGGCUUUUGGCUCCUGAAGCCCAAGUUUGAAAAGAAGAUCACCAUCGAUCAGCAAGCACAUGACGAUGGAUACAGAUUCAUCCGUGACUUCGGCCCCAAAAGCAACAACAAGAACCAAUUCAUGGAAUGGACCGACGAGUACAUUAACACACCGGGUAGCAAAAUCGAAGGGUGGACGGAGGGAAAGGUCAAGGAGGCACUCCACAAUUACAUGCGAGGACGCCAGAAUGCAAAAACGCUUGAAUAUUGGCCGUUCACAUUGAAAUCCUUCACCCCAUGGUUCUUCGACCGCAUCCUCACCCGCAUGCUACCAACCUUGCGCCAGCACUCCAUCACCUGGAUUGGGCGUACACGGACCGGCAAAUCGUUGGGAUCCAAAACAGUCUUGUUUGCACAGUCUAAGUUUGAAAUCGAUUUGGCGGAGCGAGCAGACUUGGUUCCAUCCAUUCUCACGGCGAAGCAUCUCGAUUUCUUUAAGGCGGAGCCUCUCACCAAAUUCAAACCAGGGGUGUUUGAUGACGGCAUGUUGCAAAAGAUGGACACAUCGUUUUUGAAAGCCUUCCUCAACCCGUCCGAAGAAGAUGCCACCGUUUGGGCACGAUACUCAUCAGCUCAUUUUGAACAAGGUGCCGGACGCCACGCAUGCAACAAUCCCUAUGACCGCAAAGUUGACGAAGACAUGUUCGCGAAAAUGAAGACCACGAAGCUUUGGGAAAUUUCUUACAGCGACUUUGUCAAGUUGAUCAUGCCUUCAUUCACAGCAGUGGACGACGAAGAAGACUUGGACGCGAUUCUGGCCCGCACGCACCUCAUUGUCCUUACAAACAAUGGUAUUUAUUAUCGUGUAGCAUCUACGGGGAAAGGGUCAGUAGACUUCAUUGCGUGGGACACUGAGCCGAAGGACUUGCUUGCUCCCUCCCAGCAUGCAAUCUUCAAAUCGUACAAAAUGAAUCCACAAGGAUCGUCAGCCUCCAUGUGUCCCGGUCUCGACCACGCCAUUCCGAAUCCGGAAUUCAUCAGACCUGAGUAUGCAGAUUGCGAUUCCGAUGAUGACGUGCUUCCCGCCGUGGGUACCAAUCCUGAGCACAUGUCGGACAAUCAUGACGGUGAUGAUCUUGAAAGGGACUUGGCAAAGAUCAUGGAUGAGGAAACCAACCACAUGGACACGGAUUAG